CUCAGGUCUUUAUAGUGGGCGGUGCGGGGAGGGACGGAGUGCGGGCCGAGAUGGCGGCGGGGGCGGAUGGAGCGUGUGCUGUGAUGGUGCUGCUCGUGAUCGGCUCCAUGGCGGCAGGAGGGGAUGCUACAGGUCCGGUGAUCACAGGGCAGUACAUCAGCUCUGCUGGCAAAGUGAUCCUCAGCUGUAACAUGAGUGCACCUCCCACCCCCAUCAAGGGUCACAAAUGGAUGCUGGGAGACAAGACACUAAAGACAGAAGAAAGCAAUUCAAACUCUUACAUCAGUUACACGAUCGAGGGGAAGGUUGAAGAUCACUCUGGUGUCUACGAAUGCAUCUACGAAACAAACCCAGUGGCAAAAGGAAACGUGUCUAUAGAAGUUCCACCCCAAGUUGUAGCAUACAAGAAGUCUGAGCAUGGCAAUGAGGGGGACACAGGCGUGAUGAUCUGCAAGAGCCCUUCCUACCCCCCUGUUGACACCUGGACCUGGUUCAAAAGCGAUCAAGGGCCCAUCGUCAAUGGUACCGGCCGCUACAUUAUCAAGUCCAGUGGCAACAAGACAGAGCUCCGCAUUCUUAAACUGAGCAUUGAGCAGGAUACAGGUGACUACCACUGCAAUGGUACCAACCUGAAGGGCCCUGGAAGUGCUACAGUGAAUCUGCGCGUCCGCAGCCGCCUGGCAGCUCUAUGGCCCUUCCUGGGUAUCGUGGCAGAAGUUCUGGUUCUCGUCACCAUCAUCUUCAUCUAUGAGAAGAGGAGGAAGCCAGAUGAGGUUCUUGAUGAUGAUGAUGGAGGCUCUGCGCCACUGAAAAGCAAUGCCACAAACCACAAGGACAAGAACGUCCGUCAGAGAAAUGCUAACUGAGCAGAGGUGACGUGUAGCUGAAGAACUUUGUCUGGACAUUGUUUUCUUCUCAUUUUUCUUUGGUAAAAUAGCACCAGGAAAUACUUAGCGUGUCCUUCAGUUACUUCACUUUCUACAGGAAAUUAAGUCGUAGAAUCUAAAACACACCCUUUUUUUUUUGGGAAAAAAGAAUAAAAGGAAGAGCUGUGGGAGGGUUUUGGGUUGUUUUUCUACCUGUAAGCAUAAAUCCCUUUUAUUUUCUGGUAGUUUGGAUCACUGUCAUAGAUGUAUUUCUUUAUGUAGGGGGGUAAUGCUUUCUUUCUUACCUUUGGGAAGAGCUGUGUUGGGUAGGAUGACUUUGUAAUACCUCUGUGUAUGAGGAGCAGCAACAUCACAGCUCCCUGUGUGCUGCAGGUCAGGAAGAAACUGCUGUAGUAACCUAUGGAGAUGAGCUGAUCUCCCAAUGGGCUUAAGAAAGUAACUCUGGGUCUUUCCCAGUGCAGAGCAUAGAUAGCUGCAUCUUUGCAUGGCUUGGGAGCAGCCUGCAUGGCUUGUAAUUGCCAGGCUUCCUGGUCAGCUCCCACAGGGAUGCUCUGCGUGAUUACAAUCAAGCAGGCAACCAGGAAGCAGUGUUAGAGCUGGGCAUUGGCUGAGCAUGAUAAUAACUCAUUUAAUGGGUGGCUGCUGGAAUCUUGAGUUGCUACACUGGAGUGAGCAGAUGCUGGGGCUGAGGUGCUGGGGGAGAAGGGGGGUUUGCAUUGUGUUCUGUUCACAUUUGGGGUGACAAAGGAGACUGAGAGCAGAUAAUAAUCAGAGGAUUCUUUCUUUCUGGGUAGCACUGAGCUGAUCCAUCUGUUAACGUACUUCACAAAUAAAGAUGAUUCCUCUCUUUUUUUCCA